AUGCUGCGACCGGCGACGCCCUUGACAGUCCUGCUUGGCCUCGCCUUUGCUUUGCUGCUCCUCUCGGUGCUGUCAGCCCCCAUCAUCUCGGCCAUUCCCCUCGGUAGCUUUGAAGAUGUUCAGUUUGGAGUUUUUGGUUUCUGCCGGUCCUCGGGCUGCAGCAGCGUUGGCAUCGGUUAUGACAUUGGCAGCGUGAUUCCCAACCAAAAGAAUUCGGCCUUUGAUCUGCCUAGUGGUGUUCGCCAUACGCUCUCCUCCAUCUUGAUUCUUCACCCUGUGGCCGCAUUCCUUACGCUGGUCAUGCUUUUCAUGGCCAUUGCUGCUCACUUCCGCGCUGCCUCUCAUUCGUCGAGGUAUCUGCUCUUCUUCUUCAUUUUUAAUUUCAUCACCCUUCUCGUCUGCAUUGCCGCUUUCGUCAUCGAUGUCUUACUCUUCAUUCCUCACAUGGCGUGGGGCACCUACAUUGUCCUCGCUGGAACUAUCUUGGUCUUCCUGAGUGCCCUAGUCUCUUGCGCUAUGCGACGUACUCUGGUAAGCAGAAAAGACCGAAAGAGGAGGAUUGCGGAGAAUGCAGAGAUGAGUGGUGAAAACUACUACAAUCGGGAGAACCAGGUGCCAAAAACCGACUUCACCAUGACCACCCAGCCCACGGUGCCAACCGUUAGCGGUGGAAGCGGCACCCAAGACACUUUGCCUGCAUUCGCCACAUACGAGACUCCGAGAGACGACCAGCAGAGCGAGGAACGCAUUCCUCUGACGCAGCGAACCACGUCUGAGAGGUCAUCCAAUGGAAGGCAGCCCGCGGCCGUCGAUAUGGCCGCCGUUGCAAGCAGCGAAAUCAGCGGUGGCUAUGGCGCAGGCGGAUUACAGCGAUCGGCAACGCAGGAUUCGUACACUAAUUAUGGCAACAUGCCUCCCAACGCCUACGGAGCGGCUGGCCAGCCGUAUGAUGGCCGCCGGGGGCCCACCAGACGAGAAACUGACCCCGUGAACGGCUACGGCGGUGGCCGUGGGGGCUACGGAGCUCCUAUGAGAGGACGAGGAGGCUAUGGCCCUGCCGGUCGAGGUGGAUACGGACCGCGCGGUGGACGAGGAGGAUACGGACCGCCAUCUCGUGCCGGCUAUGGCGGUGGCCCUUACUACAACGGAGGCGGAGCACGUAGUCCGCCACCAAUGAAUUAUUCUUCUGACGAUGUGGGUGGCCAGUACAGCAACAGACGGCAGCCUCCACCGCGGCAAGGAUUUGCUGACGGUCGGGGAACACCUUAUGGCGGUGCGCAGCAGCCACCACAAUCAGACGCUGCCAUAAACUAUGGUGCACCGAGUGGUACUGCUAGCAACAGCGGAAGCAACAGCGGCAGCAACAGAUAUGUGCCGUACCGCCCAGAUCUCGACUUGCCUAGGGCAGAAUCACCUCCGCCGCUACCAGAAGCCACCGAGUCUGCUGUUUCAUCAGUUGGGCAGGCCAUAGAGAUGGACGCGACGCCGGCUGCCGGGGCAAGCAACAAUGCUGGCCAGUAUGGCAACAUCACGGAUAGCGAUCCAGAUGUUGUCGGAAUGGUUCAUCUCCAGCAAGACCAGCCGCCUUCAUCUGCGCGGAGAGAGACGUUUGCCAGUGACGGGAGCAAGUAUUCCCAAGAUGAGCAAUACGUCCCAUCUCGUGCCCAGUGGAACCAAGAAGGGGGAAGAAAUUCCCCUCUUGUAGCGCCUCUAGCGAACGCGCAGCGCAACCCUACGCCUGAUCAUUCUAGAAGCCCUGCACCAUCGGCAACUGGUAUCAAGGACAAGGGAACCUAUUAUGAAGAUGUCGACCCUCGCUUUGACCAGAGACCUCAUACACCGCCGCCACGCCAAACACCGCCGCCGCUUCAUAUCCAAGAAGUUGGCUACGACGACAUGCGAGGUGGUCCUGAUGGGACUCGUAGCCCUGCUGAGUCGGAGCACUCCAACUUUACAUCCAUCUCGCAGCGUGGUAUCAACCCUCAGUGGAGCCCACAGCCUCCAAUGCCCCAACGCCGACCAGUACAGCAGCGUCAUGACAUGAUUCUGGACAAUCCCGACUUUAGACUUCCCGGGGGUCGAUCGACUGCAGCGGGAAAGCGAAGAAUACCGGGGAUGAUUCCUGAGAGCGCGUAUCCGAAUCCGAAUCGCCCAAUGUAG